UCCCGAGAAUAAGGAUUCACCUUGGGUAUCAUCCCCUUCUAUCAUUACAUCAGCACCUACCCUCGAGGCAAAUGUUACAGAAAUGAUUAAUAAAGCCUUCGAGGUUCUAUAUGUGCUAAAUGAUUUAAGGGAUGAGAAAAAUAGAUAUAUACAAAAAAAUGAGAUAGAACUAAUCCGCAAUAAGCGUACAAAUUAUGGGUCUUCUCCUGUACGACCAAAAUAUCGAAAACGAACAAAACGGUCUGCCCUUCCAGGCAGAUGCCAUUCGUGUAAUAUUCAGGAAACACCUGAAUGGAGACGCGGUCCCGAUGGGGCCAGAACUUUAUGUAAUGCAUGUGGUUUACAUUUUGCGAAAAUGACUCGAAAACGAGCUCAGCUCGCAUUACGCGAACAGCAAGCCAUGGUGGAUAAUCCCAUGCUUAAUUC